AGAUAAGAAAUCUGACGGUGGGCCUGUAAGAACCAUUCCUUCAAGUAGCAGAAUCGCACCUGAGCUUGCCCCUUUCGACCUGAGAGCUCUCGUGCGAGAGCCUGCACCGCCGCUGACGCUGUGUGCAUUUCCGACUUCGAUUAAUCGUUUCAUUUUGAGUUAGUUCAAGAUGGGUAAGGAGAAGGUCCACAUCAACAUCGUGGUCAUCGGCCAUGUCGACUCCGGCAAGUCGACGACCACUGGGCACCUUAUCUACAAGUUGGGAGGUAUCGACAAGCGUGUGAUCGAGCGUUUCGAGAAGGAGGCGGCGGAGAUGAACAAGCGUUCGUUCAAGUACGCGUGGGUGCUGGACAAGCUGAAGGCAGAGCGCGAGCGUGGUAUCACGAUCGAUAUCGCGUUGUGGAAGUUCGAGACCGUGAAGUACUACUGCACUGUUAUCGACGCGCCCGGACAUCGCGAUUUCAUCAAGAACAUGAUCACGGGAACGUCGCAGGCGGACUGUGCCGUGCUGAUCAUCGACUCGACGACGGGAGGGUUCGAGGCCGGUAUCUCGAAGGAUGGGCAGACGCGUGAACACGCACUGCUGGCGUUCACUUUGGGAGUGAAGCAGAUGAUUUGCUGCUGCAACAAGAUGGACGCGACGACCCCGAAGUACAGCAAGGCCCGAUUUGAGGAGAUCAGCAAGGAGGUGUCGGCGUACCUGAAGAAGGUGGGGUACAACCCGGACAAGAUUCCGUUCGUGCCGAUCUCAGGGUUCGAGGGUGACAACAUGAUCGAGAGGUCGACGAACCUGGACUGGUACAAGGGUCCGACUCUGUUGGAGGCGUUGGACAACGUGUCGGAGCCGAAGAGGCCAUCUGACAAGCCUCUGAGGCUGCCGCUUCAGGACGUGUACAAGAUUGGAGGCAUUGGAACUGUGCCAGUGGGACGGGUGGAGACGGGAAUCAUCAGGCCGGGCAUGUUGGUGUGCUUCGCACCGACGGGACUGACGACUGAGGUGAAGUCUGUGGAGAUGCACCACGAGUCGAUGCCCGAGGCACACCCGGGUGACAACGUUGGGUUCAACGUGAAGAAUGUGGCGGUGAAGGACCUGAAGAGAGGGUACGUGGCCUCAGACUCGAAGAAUGACCCUGCAAAGGAGGCAGCAAACUUUACGGCGCAGGUUAUCAUCAUGAACCACCCGGGACAGAUCGGUAACGGUUAUGCGCCAGUGCUGGAUUGCCACACGUCGCACAUUGCGGUGAAGUUUGCGGAGAUCUUGACGAAGGUGGACAGGCGAUCGGGUAAGGAGCUGGAGAAGGAGCCGAAGUUUUUGAAGAACGGAGACGCAGGGUUCGUGAAGAUGAUUCCGACGAAGCCGAUGACGGUGGAGACGUUCGCGGAGUACCCACCAUUGGGACGGUUCGCGGUGCGGGACAUGAGGCAGACGGUGGCUGUGGGUGUCAUCAAGGCUGUGGAGAAGAAGGAGCCAACUGGUGCCAAGGUGACCAAGGCCGCCGCCAAGAAGAAGUGAGGGGUUGGGUUUUAGUCGGUGACAUAAUUUAUUUGUUCGAUGCCGCCUCUGGCGUCGGCACUUCUCGAGCUUGUUUAUGCCGUUUUCUUUGGGUGGAAUGGCAGCGCUGUUAAUUGGUUAUCUGCACUGCACUGCGUCUCGUUUUUUGUA